AUGGAAGAAGAGAAGAGAUUGGAGCUAAGGUUGGCUCCUCCCUGUCACCAACUCACUUCCAACAACAACAAUGGAUCUAAACAAAGAAGCUUCACCAAAGAAUCAUUUGUUCCCAAUAACAGGGUUGAGGCAGCUCCGGUGGUGGGUUGGCCGCCUGUGAGAUCAUCCCGACGAAACCUAACAGCACAGACGAAGGAGGAGAUGAAGAAGAGAGAGAGUGAUGAAGACAGAGAGUUGUACGUUAAGAUCAACAUGGAAGGAGUUGCCAUCGGAAGAAAAGUCAACCUCUCUGCUUUUAACAAUUAUCAACAGCUUUCCCAUGCCGUUGACCGGCUCUUUUCUUCGGAUCUAAGCAGACAAUACACUUUGGUCUACGAAGACACCGAAGGAGAUAAAGUUCUGGUCGGAGAUGUUCCUUGGGAGAUGUUUGUAUCGACUGUGAAGAGAUUGCACGUUUUAAAAACCUCCCACAUCUCCUCGCUCUCACCUAGAAAACAUGGCCAGCAGGGAAUAUAG